UACGUUUUACGUUUGCCGUGAAAAGGAACGUGACAGCGAGCCACAUCUAUACCUGUUUACCGAAUAUGAUGGCUACGUUUUGAGGCAACACUGACUGGUGGCCGCACCGAACGGUCGCAUUUCGAGAGCAGUGACUCGGAGAAGUGAACUUCCAUGCGUCUGUGAGCAAACACGUCGAAGGAGUUAGUACCGCGGAUAGCAAACCGGAAUCGCGGUGGAUCGCUCGAUACUGCGAGCGUUCGUGUUUGCCUGUGGACCUCACAAAAGCGCAAGUUGCAGUUACACCGUUUAUACCCGCCCGUGUCCCUAUUUUGCUUACCUGAGUGCAUCCUGUACCGUUCGUGAUAGCCUACUUAACGGAGGCUUAUGGGGUCGCUGGUUUCCUAGUGCGUGUGCAAGGAUCCAAGGAAGUCGCAAGAAGUGCCGUGUGCUCCACUCAAGAAUCAACUCAACUAUCAGUCAAAGCAUAAAACGUCGUUGGAAUACACUGGAAACCCAUACCCGCCGUUCAGUGUCCAGCUGACCUGCAAGCAACGCUAAGCCAACCCGAGUUUUUUGUGACAGUUUCAAUAGUGGUAGUGCUUUGGCGAGUUCGGUUCGGUGAUCAGGUUCCAGCUGCAGCCAAGCAACAGGAAGGGUUGCUUCCUUUUGCAGAACUGUCGCUCUCGCAGAUCGCUCGCACUCCGCCAUAAAACCGUCCUCAACAUAGCGUACUCCUUCUCCCGCAAACAAAGCGAUGUAUCAUUGGCAAUUGAACCGAGAGCGUGGUACGGUGCCGCGUGCCGUAGGUAAUACUGACAUUGUCUACCGGAUGGUGUACGGCUCCUUCAAUCGACGCUUGAUGUUACCAAGGCACUGCAGAAGCGAAAAUGAUGACUUCGAAGAUGAUUCCAUCAACGGGCUUACGUUCUCUGCGGAUGGAUCGAUUUUGGUCGGAGCCCUGGCUAGCAGUGGCAUCAAGAUGUGGGAUCCCGUGUCCGAGCAGAAUAUAAUGCAUCUGAAGAAAGCGCACGAGAAGAGUGUGAAUUGCAUAAAAUUCGUCAACGAGCACAUGUUUGCGUCCGGGUCGGAUGACCAAACGGUGAGCCUGUGGGACGCCCGCUAUCUCCACAAACCGCUCGGUGUGUUUUAUGGUCACGACGGCUGGGUCAAGAACAUCGAAAUCUCGCGCCACCACAACAUGCUGAUCUCGUCCGCCCUGGACGGGACGGUCAUCGGCUGGCAGAUGGAUGGUAACAUGGAGCGCAUCUACAACUAUCAACGGCUGUGCAAUAUACCCGGUCUCGUGCGGUGCCGGAUGACGCCGGACGAAACGCGCAUGGUGCUAACCACUUCCGGCGGCUACAUGAUUGUCAUACACAAUCUCGAUAUAAUGCAUCUGAACAGCGAUUUGGAAGACUUCCAGCCGAACGUUUACCGUUUGCUACAGUCGGUCCGCCGGCUAGAAAUGAUGACGCCGUACUACAACCGUUGGUUCUACCCGUCGAGCCGGCGAAACCGCGUCGAACUGAUCACCGACUUUCCUCACAACGACUUUGCGGAAGUGAUCAGCUCUUUGGAGAUCCAUCCCUACGGUUGGUGUGCCGUAAGCCGAAACAACCCCUCAAAUGCCUACGAUAAUGAACGUCAAUAUACUACUGUACACGAUAUACAGGCACUGCCAAACGACGACGACGACGACGACGAGGGUGAUGAGGGCGGCGAAGCGGAAGCAAAGCAGCUUGACACAGGCGACGCGGAGCCGAUAGAGCACUCCCGGUGCAUGGAGCAACUCCGAUUGCUUCGUAACAUUCCUGAACAGCCAAACGGCAACGACUCCGAUAGUGAAGACUCGGAAUCGUCGUCCGAGUGUGAGGUCUUGCUAUUUCCUACCGUGCCGGAAACGACCUCGCAAUUAAAUUCACCUCCAGCACCAACACCACUGCCAACACCAAGAGCCGAGCCCAGAUCUUGUCCUGCUCCUUUGAACCGCGAGUCGAUCGGUGGGGUGGCGUUGAACAACUUGUUGUCUAGGCCCACUGAGCGCACCGAGCAAUCGGAGCGGUUGUGGCGAGAGCGUGUAUCGGCAGCGUUUCGAUGUACGCACGGUGAUCAUGAUUACUGUGAGGAUGUUAUAGUGUCUAGUCUUCGGGACCUGACCAAUGGUAUGCACGAUGCUACGCUGGGCGAGUCGGAAAGGCGCCGGGCGGGGCGCGUUCACGUCUCGCCACCGGCGCGUGUUCGCAAUGAGUUGUGGGCAGCGUGCGUUCCGUACGGAGAGAUUAUGCACUUGGUGGGCACCGAAACGACGACUCCGCGUCCCGCUGGACGGCCCCUCGAGCCACCAUUCGAUGGAACGAGCGACCCACAGCUCCACAGACAGCAUGAUCCAGCCAAAUUGUUUACGAACAAUCGCCGAUUGUUGUACUACAUCGAGGAGCUUGGUGAUCUGCCGCGCUACAUAAAAGAGCCAGCCUUUUCGCCGGACGGACGUAUCCUCUGUUCGCCGUACGGUGACUCAAUUCGCUUGCUGGCAUUCGACGAAAAGUGUUCCGAGCUCCACCGCACCAUCGAGACCGAGUCAAACCGCGGGCCGGCGCAGAACCUGCACGUAUUGAAAGAGUAUGACGCCGGGUGUGAGUCGCCCGUCGCCUCUUGCUCGUUCAGUCCGCGCAUGCCUUUGCUUGUAACCGGCUGCCGCAAUGGCACAUUGGUCUGGCACUCGCGUUGUCUGCACUAGAGCCAGCCCACCAAGGAUGGCUUAUUCAACCUUACCGCAGGACUGACGGCGGGCCGCUCACGGCUGACUACUUCUGGAUGUUUGCCCCAACCACUACGUUAGGCGCUUUGCAGCUUAGCGCACAACAAACAGCGACUGCGCAACAUGCUCGGUUGCACAUGUUUGUACAGCUGGAGCUGUUGAAAACUGUUGUACUUACAUCGCAUCUGGUCAUUGCCGCUGCGGCUUGUCAUUUAGAUUUACAAAAUCCUGAUUUGUGUUCGUUUCAAUCGCGCAAAGAAAUAAGCAACAUCAGGCUUACCACCAUCCAUUGUACAGCUCAUUCCCAACGGAUCUGUAUUGCGCGCGGAUUCGCAACCUGUAGCGGAAUCAGUUACCAAACUAGUGCCCAUAUAGCCUUUGAUGGUUCAAGAUUUAUUUAUAUUAGGGGUUAGGUCUCGAACAAUUGAUAAUAUAUUUAUUUUGCCGUCAAUGAUUUCCUUAUAGACCACUCGCUUAAAGCUAGCAACUUACAAAUAGCGAGCGUCAUUGGAUAAACGGCGGACAUAACUUAUUUGAAAUUGUAAAUAUAGCUCUACGUGGCUUGCUAACAAUAAAGAAUGGAUAAUUUUUGUAUUUUGUA